AUGAUCAGAAGCAUGAAAAAGGAAUUUCAAAGGCAAGUAGUGAUUGAGGUUGUGAUGGAGGGAGUGUGGUGGUGGUGGAAGUGGAGUGGUAGCGGUAGUGUCGGUGGUGGUAAUAGUAGUGGUAGUAGUGUUGGUGGAUGUGAUAAUGGUGGUAGUAGUGAUGGUAGUAGUAUAAGUGGUUGUGGUGUUGAAAGUGGUGGUAGUGGUGGUGAUAGAAGUAGUGGCGGUGGUGGAAGUGGUAGCAGUGGUGGUGGCAGUGGUAGUAGUGGUGGUGGUGGUAGUAGUGGUGGUGAAUGUAGUGGUAGUAAUUGUAGUGGUGAUGGUAGUGGUAGUAGUGGUGGUGAUAGUGGUUGUGGUGGUAAUAGUGGUGGUGGUAGUAGUGGUGGUGGUGGAUGUAGUGGUAGUAAUGGUAGUGGUGGUGGUAGUGGUAGUAGUAGUAGUGGUGGUAGUAGCAGAAGUAGUGGUGGUGGCAGUGGUGGUAGUUCGAACUACUUUUUUGGUGGCCAUUUCGCAAAGAAAGCAAAGAGACUACCAUCAUGCCCACUCCACUCAAAACUCCAGAGCAGAACUAAGAACAUACUGAAACGACAGAGUCUCAACGAUAUCGUCAAAAAACUGCAGAAAGGAAAGGCAGCAGCACUAGACACAGAGGCUUGUACCCGAUGA